AGGACCUCACCUGCUAGACAUGACUCCCAUGUGGCUCUUCCUCUUCCUGCUGUCAGCUCCCAGAUGUGUCCUGUCCCAGGUGCAGCUGCAGGAGUCGGGCCCAGGACUGGUGACGCCCUCGCAGACCCGCUCGCUCACCUGCUCUGUCUCUGGAUUCUCCAUCACAACCAGUGUUUAUGCCUGGAGCUGGAUACGUCAGCCUCCAGGGAAAGGGCUGGAGUGGAUGGAUAAUAUCUGGUAUGAUGGAGACACUUACUACAACCCCUCCCUUAAGAGCUGAACCUCCAUCUCCAGAGACGCGUCCAAGAACCAGUUCUCCCUGCAGCUGAGCUCCAUAAGCACCGAGGACACGGCAGUGUAUUACUGUGCAA